AUGCAAAAGAAUAAAAAGUUUCUCAAAAUUUCUUACAAAAAUGACAAGUUGGGAAAGGGUAUUAGGGGGCUCGGAAAGGGAAGAACAAAGAGGCACAUGAUGAUUAUGCACGACAAUAUUUGGGGAAUUACAAAGCCAUCGAUUCGUAGAUUGGUUAGGAGAGGAGGUGUCAAGAGGAUAAGUGGUUUGAUCUAUGAAGAAACUAUGUUAUUUCUUAAGGUUUUCUUGACAAAAAUUAUUCAUGAUACUGCUUCAUAUACUAAUCAUGCAAGAAGAAAGGUUGUGACUGCCAUGGAUGUUGUGUAUACUCUUAAGAGACAAGGAAGAACUUUAUAUGGUUUUGGAGGUUGA